CAUAUUUUGAUAUUUGUUGUCUGUUAAACUUGUCAUAUGUCUAGUUCAGAAAGUAAACAUUAUUAAAAUAAAAAAUAAUGAGGAAUGAGAAUAAUGUUUAAUUUGUGUUGUAUUAAGUAAUGAGAUAUUUUAAGGUUUUCUUAUUCAUAACUGUUUCUGGAUAUUUUACAUGACAUUUAGGAAAAACCAAUUGUUUCAUAACACGUCAGUUUGUAUUUCUGGUACUUAUGUAUAGGGUUUACUGAGGGAUGAGCCUAAUCAGUACCUAGAGACGAAAAUAGACAAUUUGCGUAAUGGAUAUCCCUUACAGAAAGAUUUUAAUUUACAUGUUAACGUUUGCUGCAUAUGCUUAUACUGGUAUAGGAUCUACUAUGCUUAGAAAUCUUAAAGAUGCAGUUCUAUCAGCAGAGUCAGUUUUCGGUGAUGUGUUUAAAAAUGUCAUUACUGUAGCAGAAAAAUUCAAGUCACUGCACGAUAUUUUUGAUGCUGCUGUAGAAGAAGACUGUAUAUUUUUAUGUCCAGGGGGCCACAAGCCUGUUCGCAAUAAAAAUCAUUCUCCAAAAUCUGAUGGCUGUGGCUCAUUGGGGUUUGAGAUAUCUUCUGAGUAUUUGCCACUUGAACAAAUGACAAAAUGUUGUGAUGUACAUGAUAUUUGUUACGAUACAUGUAAUAGUGGAAAAGAGAUCUGUGAUUUGGAGUUUAAGAGAUGUCUUUACAGUUACUGUGAUACAUAUAAAAGUAUUAAUGUUGCUGCCGAUGCAAUUACAAAAGGAUGCAAGGGUGCUGCAAAGUUAUUGUUUACUGGAACACUGACAUUAGGCUGCAAAUCAUAUUUAGAUGCUCAAAACAAGGCCUGCUAUUGUCCUCCAACAAAAAACAGAAAUAAAAAAUAUGCAACAGGAAAUGGGGACUUAUGAUAUUUUUUUAUCAGAGAAGUGUUUUCUUAGCCACAGAAGUACACAGUAGUCUAGAUUAUGAUUAUAAAACUAAGUAACAUCUAUUUCAUUAUAAGAAGUUUUUCUAAUGUGGAGGAAAUGGGUAUAUAAACAAAAUAGUAGUAUUUUUAAAUUUAUUUGUAAGGUUAGGUUUAAUUUUAAUUUUUGAUAUUUUAAUGGCUGUGAUAUUGCUGCUUAAUAAAAGAAAUAAUUUAAGCAGUAAGUUUAUACAGCACAUGCUACAAUUUGUUUUGUUAUCAUUGUUUACUAGUCAUUAUAGUAUUUUAUUUACCUGCCAUGCCAUCAAUUGCACAUUGUAUUCGGAAAAAUAAUCUCAUAUUUUAUUGUUGAAACUAUGCACAUGAAGGCAGCUAAAAUAAGUUUGGUGCUCAUUUACUGCAUAUAAGGAAAGAGAUAGAUACACCUUUUGAAAAUAAAAUAAUAACUUUUA